CUCUAGUAGCGGAACUGAACGGCUUCGCAUGUUUCUUGUCGGACACAUUUAACCAGUACUCCCUGAGAAAGAAGCGGCGCUUCUCACGUUUUUUAAGUGUGGCUGCGGAGAUGGCAACUACAAAAGUGCCAGAGGUUCGGGACAUUACACGGAUUGAAAGAAUAGGGGCCCACUCUCACAUUCGGGGCCUUGGUUUGGACGAUGCUUUGGAGCCCAGACAGGUGUCACAGGGGAUGGUCGGCCAGCUGGCCUCCCGUCGAGCAGCAGGGAUAAUCCUGGAGAUGAUCAAAGACGGACACAUCGCCGGCAGGGCCGUUCUGAUUGCUGGCCAGCCGGGCACGGGGAAGACGGCUAUUGCUAUGGGUAUUGCUCAGUCUUUGGGCCCUGACACCCCCUUUACAGCUCUGGCUGGAAGUGAGAUCUUUUCCCUGGAAAUGAGCAAAACUGAAGCACUGAGCCAAGCUUUUAGAAAAGCUAUAGGAGUGAGAAUCAAAGAGGAGACAGAAAUCAUUGAAGGGGAGGUGGUAGAAAUCCAGAUUGACAGACCCGCCACUGGAACAGGUGCAAAGGUGGGGAAGCUGACUCUGAAGACUACAGAGAUGGAGACAAUAUAUGACUUGGGGAACAAGAUGAUUGAAAGCCUCAGUAAAGAGAAAGUUCAAGCCGGUGAUGUUAUUACCAUUGACAAAGCCACCGGGAAAAUCUCCAAGUUGGGGCGCUCCUUCACUAGAGCCAGAGACUACGACGCCAUGGGAGCCCAGACUCAGUUUGUCCAGUGUCCUGAAGGAGAGCUGCAGAAGAGGAAGGAGGUGGUGCACACAGUGUCCCUCCAUGAGAUCGACGUCAUCAACAGCCGCACACAAGGCUUCCUGGCUCUGUUCUCCGGAGACACCGGAGAAAUCAAGUCGGAAGUCCGAGAGCAGAUCAAUGCCAAAGUGUGUGAGUGGAGGGAAGAAGGCAAGGCGGAGAUCAUUCCAGGGGUGUUAUUUAUUGACGAGGUGCAUAUGCUGGACAUGGAGUGCUUCUCCUUCCUGAACCGAGCCCUGGAGAGCGACCUGUCUCCAGUCCUCAUCAUGGCCACCAACAGAGGCAUCACUCGAAUUCGUGGCACAAACUAUCAGAGUCCUCACGGCAUCCCCAUUGACCUCCUGGACCGGCUGCUCAUCAUCGCCACGUCCCCGUACACCGAAAAAGAGACCAGGCAGAUCCUCAAGAUCAGGUGUGAGGAGGAGGAUGUGGAGCUAAGUGAGGAAGCGCACACGGUGCUCACUCGAAUCGGCAUGGAGACGUCGCUGCGUUACGCCAUCCAGCUGAUCAGCACUGCAGGGCUGGUGUGUCGCAAGCGCAAAGGGACAGAAGUUCAGGUGGAGGACAUCAAACGCGUUUACUCUCUGUUCCUGGAUGAGGCCAGGUCCUCUCAGUACAUGAAGGAGUACCAGGAUUCCUUCCUCUUUAACGAAACACAAACGGCCGUCAUGGAUACUUCAUAACGAAAACACAGCUCAGCUUCUCUGCUUCUUCUCUCCUAGAUUCAAGCAGUUUAGGACUGAAUCCCCACUUUGAGUCAAGUGAUUACCUGAAGUAGAGAUGAAAUAUGAAUUCAUUAAAGUCCUACAUGUUUCCA